AUGGCCCUCUGUAAGUUAAAAACUUCUAACAAGGAACAGAGAGAUCAAAAACAGAGUUGUGGAGAAGAAAAAGUAGAGAGUCAAAAAAUAAGUUGGUUACUUANUUCAUCUUCUGUCACACCCAAUAUGCUUGUAAACUUCCUGGUGGAGAGACAGACAAUCUCCUAUAGUGGAUGUGCCAUCCAGCUGAGUACAGCCGUUUUCUUCGGGACAGCUGAAUGCUUCCUUCUGGCUGCCAUGGCAUAUGAUCGCUUUGUGGCAAUCUGCAACCCACUGCUUUAUUCAGCCAAAAUGUCCACACAAACCUGUGUGCAGUUACUCCUGGUUGCUUACAUAGGUGGUUUUCUCAACACUUGUUCUUGUACUAUUUGCUUCUAUUCUUUACUCUUCUGUGGACCAAAUCAAGUCAAUCAUUUCUUCUGUGAUUUUGCUCCUCUAGUUGAACUCUCCUGUUCUGAUAGCAGUAUUCCUGCAAUUGUUCCCUCUUUUACUGCUGGCUCCAUCAUCGUGGUCACAGUGUUUGUCAUAGCCGUCUCCUACGUCUACAUCCUCAUCACCAUCCUGAAGAUGCGCUCCACUGAGGGGCGCCACAAGGCCUUCUCCACCUGCACCUCCCACCUCACUGCGGUCACUCUGUUCUACGGGACCAUCACAUUCAUUUAUGUGAUGCCCAAGUCCAGCUACUCAACAGACCAGAACAAGGUGGUGUCUGUGUUCUACACGGUGGUGAUUCCCAUGUUGAACCCCCUCAUCUACAGUCUCAGGAACAAGGAGAUUAAGGGAGCUCUGAAGACAGAGCUUGGUAGAAAAAGGAGUUUUGAAGAGAGAGCUUGGUAG